UGCCACGGGGAGCGGAGCGGUGCCGGGCUCCGCGCACCGCUCUCCCCCAGCCCGCCCCGGCCCCGCUGCCUCGGCCCGGCUCGCCAUGGCGGCGGCCGUGGACGAGAGCGCCCUGCCCUCUAUCUCCACUUUCGCCAACUUGAUGCCGCUAGAGGAGCGGCCCGCCGACAUGCUCCACAGGAUGCUACAACAGGAUGGCCCCGCUGCCGUCAAGCGGGAGGAGGAUGACUUGGGCAAGUUCGUGGACUUGGACUUCAUCCUGGCGCACACCAGCAGUGGCGGGCAGGGGCCGACCGGCCCCAACUACCCCCUGCCCGAGACCCCCGAGAGCUGUGGCACCACCUACGACAGCGACGGCUCGUACUCCACGCCGGGCAAGUUCCCGGCGCCUUACCCCGAGGGCCAGGGCCACAGCUACGUGGCUGAGCUGCUCACCCCGGACCUGCCCGGCCACUACGACCCGCAGCGGAGGGAGUACACGGAGCUGCGGGUGCCCGGCGGCCCCCAUCACCACCCUCACCCCCAUCACCACCCGCCCCUCCACCCAGCCCUAGCCCGCCCACUGCCCCUGGACCCCGCGCAGUCCUUCGGGCCCCGAAUCAAGAAGGAGCAGCCGGAGGAGCGCGCCUGCAUGCUGGGGAUGUCUGCCACCGAGUACCUGGGACCGGGCGGCGGCGAGCACAAGCCACGCGUGGCGCCGGGUCCCGGGCCGGGACCGGUGCCGGGGCCGCCGCUGCCCUACCCGGGCUUCCCCCACGGCCGCUUGGGGCCCCCCGAGGAGCCGCUGCCUGGUGCCGAUCCCCACCUCUUGGCCGACCUGCCGCCCCACUACGCCGUGGCCCCGCACCGCUAUGCGCCCCACUUCGCCCCCCAGCCGCCACCGCAGUUUCAUGGACAUUUCAGUGUUUUCAGGGAGCCCCUGAAGGGGCCGGGCCCGGGCCCGGCGGGGCUGCCCGGGCUGCUGGUCACGCCGCCCAACUCCCCGGUGCUGGAGUACUUCCCGACCGGGGCUCCCCCCGAGGACUGCAAGCCCAAGCGCGGCCGCCGCUCGUGGGCGCGCAAGCGAACGGCCACGCACAACUGUGAAUACCCGGGCUGCGGCAAGACCUACACCAAGAGCUCGCACCUCAAGGCGCACAUGCGGACCCACACGGGCGAGAAGCCCUACCACUGCACCUGGGAAGGAUGUGGCUGGAAAUUUGCCCGCUCCGAUGAGCUGACCCGCCACUACCGCAAGCACACAGGGCACCGGCCGUUCCAGUGCCACCUCUGCGAGCGGGCUUUCUCCCGCUCAGACCACCUCGCUCUCCACAUGAAGCGGCACAUGUGAGCAGUGGCUGCGGCCGGACUCGAUGUCCCCGGAGCCAGCUCACGGUGUAAAUAGUGUCGGGCCAGGGAUGGCACUGGGGAGCAGCCUGGCCACCCAGCCCCCUCCGCUUGUAGUUGAUAACUAGUUUUCUCCUCCUGCUCCUGUGAGAGCUGGCCCAGCCAAGUGGUGGGGAAGGGCUGCUUCGGGGAUGUAUGUGGGGAGCAAAACUGCAAGAAACAUCUGCCCAGUCAUCACCACUCAGCUCCCCAUGCCUGGAGGGAUCCCCCCAGCCAGAUACCCAGUGAAUGGGGGAGCUGGUGCAUAAGGGAUCUGUCCCCAGAACUCCUGGGUUGUAUUUGGCAUCAGCUUAACCUUCUUCCCCCAGAUUCUGGCACCCCCCCUGGCUCUAGGGGCUGUGGUGGCUGACUCUGGCUGCUUUUUGGCUGGAGAGCCAUGCCAGUUGGGCACGCUGGUUGUGGUGCUGAGAAAUGGGUUGCUGGUUGUCUCGGUUGUGAUCAUCAGAACAAACCUGACCCAACGCCCAGAGUGGAUGGGAUGAGGGUGGGAUUUGACUGGCUCAUGGCUAUAAAGGUUUGCAGGUGUUGGCAGCACAGCGUCACCUUGCACUGGACAGGGGUGCUCCUGUAACCAGCCUGGGACCCCCCUGGCCAUUCCCAGUUUUCCACUCAAGAGCCUAAAAUGUCUCUCCUGGCUCUUGUCUGCUUUAUUUUGUCUUGUUCUUCCCCUCAGGAUGACACCAGGUACUGCUGCAGCUGCCUUCCCCAUGCUGCUUUUUAAAAUUUAGUAUGUAAAGGACAGUGAGUCCAGCUAUGAAUGCCCAGGUCUCUGCUAUACUUGAAAUUUUUGUAGAGGGGGGGGACAAAAAAGAAAGCUCAAAAGAAAAUGAGUCUUUUUAUGUGCAGCUUCUGCAAAGCAAGUUGUAAAUUAAACAAAGCAGUAAUAUAUAAUGUUUCUGGUUUUUUUAAUAUAUUUUCUUCGAGCUGGGAACACAGAUGAGUCUCAGCUUUGGGAAGUGCACUGUUCCCGUCUGUGUAUAUUGUUAAUUAACAUUUCUCUGCUUGGGCACGUUAGGUCUCUUGCACUCUGAAAUGUUACUUUUCUUUAUAUGCAAACUGUUGAAAUAUUGUGAU